GCUUUCUAAUCAGCUACGCAAUGAGACGUGUGCACCACCGAAGAUCCAAGCUAGCACGUCGCCUUUGGCCCCAAUAGAAGAUUCCCCCCCUGCGUCGGUCGACUGCCCUGGAGACAAAACGUUGCUGUGACAAAUCGGCGUUGAGGUGCGAAACGAGUUGACGGCGCGAGUUUAAAAGUUUGCCCCAUCAAGUCGUCUUUUUCCACAAAUUUCGUUUCCCCCCCAUCUGCCAGGCUGGCGUGUGAUGUAAUGCCUCCUCGUUUGCUGCUCGUCGCAACGCCGAUACUUCGAUCAGGACUGGUACAAUCCCGGACCGCUUGCUAGAGAUUGUUGAUUGCAAAGGGAACAGAAUAGGCUGGGAAGGAAAAGGAAAACUCAGCAUCAACUAUGAAAGCGCUGAAAGCUCUGGGCAACAAGAAGGCCGAGGUGCAAGAUGGGUUGCCCAUCCCCGCGCUUCGCCCAGACUACGUCACGGUCAAGACGAUGGCCGUCGCGUUGAACCCUACCGACUGGAAGCACAUUGGCUUUGUCGACGACGUGUGCACUAUUGGUUGCGACUUCGCCGGGAUCGUGGAGGAGGUAGGCUCGGCAGUCAGCAGGCCUUGGAAGAAAGGGGACCGCGUCUUCGGUUUUGUUCAUGGCGGAAACGUCGUGCAUGGCGAGGAUGGAGCGUUUGGCGAAUACCUGACCGCAAAGGGUGAUCUCCUCAUGCGUAUUCCGGAUCACAUGACCUUUGAAGAUGCGAGCACAAUGGGAGUGGGGAUCAUUACUUGUGGACAGGGGCUGUAUCAGCAGAUGGGCUUGCCAUGGCCCGGCACCGCGGAGAGCAGCCGCGAUGGGCGGCAGCAGAUCCUCAUCUAUGGUGGCAGUUCUGCAACGGGUAUGCAUGGGAUCCAGUUUGCCAAACUAUCCGGUUUCGAGGUCAUCACCACCAGCUCGCCACGGAACUUUGAGCUUCUGAAGUCUCUUGGAGCCGACUACGUGUUUGAUUACAAUUCACCGAGCUGCGCGGCGGACAUCAAGAAGCUUACAAACGACAAGCUGAUGUACGCCUGGGACACCAUCUCUGCUGGCAUAUCUGUCCAGAUCUGUGCCGAGGCGCUGUCUAGCACUGGCAAUCCAACAUAUGGUUCGAUCCUAGUAGUAACUGACUUUCCGCGGAACGAUGUUCGAAUGACAUACUCUUUGGGCUACACCGUAGUCGGUGAAUACUUUCGCUUCCGCGCGGGCAGAGAAUUUGCAGCAUCGGCCGAAGAUUUUGAGUUCGGCAAGAAGUGGGUCGUCUUUGCAGAGAAGUUGGUUGCUGAAGGUAAAAUCAAACCACCGAGGAAGGACCUGCGGUCUGGAGGCCUUGAAAGGAUCUUUGAUGGUCUCAAGGACCUACAAGAGGGUCGAGUGUCGGGCUCUAAAAUCGUCUACCGUAUUGGCAGUGAAUAAAUGCCAUUCUCCCGCAUUCCUAAGAGAGUCGUAUCGUUUCCUUUAUAACAAGCGUUCAUAUUGGUGGUCUUGCACUCUUCUUCCAUGCCUGAAACACGAUUAUGAUCGUCCACAUUUACAGAGGCGGAGCUGUGAAGCUGCAUUCCUACCUCCUUGGUUCCCCGAUCAGUAAAUCAGCAGCAAGACAUGACGCUCCUUAUUCAUUAUAAGUUUUCGAACUUGUCUAGCAU